AUGUCAUUCGAUCGCUUGAAUUCACUGGAGGCUCAGCCUACCACUAUGCGCCGGGAUGAUGACCCGCAAUACCGCGACGAUCCAGGCUUCGACCAUCUGGCCGAGUUGCUCUCAGACCAAAUCUUCUCAUUAACUUCAAACACCACUCGUUUGUCAAGCCAGAUUGCUCUACUAGGCACAAAGCGAGAUACAGAGCGAGUACGCGAACGGGUCCACAACCUGCUGGAGGAGACUCGGGCGGGGUUUAAGGAUGCAGGAGAAGGGUUAAAGAAGAUCCAGACAUGGGAAGACGUUAAUCCCUCCCAGAAAUGGACCCAGCAAAAGCUCUCAUCCGAAUUCAAAGCCAACCUGGAUGAAUUCCAGACCGUUCAGCGCCGGGCGCUAGAAAGACAACGCGCAUCGGCUGUGGCCGCUCGUUCCGCCAUUGAGGAUAGCGAACAUCCAACUGGCGAUGCCAGUGAUGUUCAGCUUCAAGAGCAGCAACUACUCGAGCAGCCACGAUUAGCUAACCAGGGCGAGGUUGACUUUCAGGAGACUUUGAUCAUUGAGCGCGAGACAGAGAUCCGCAAUAUUGAACAAAGCGUCGGCGAAUUAAACGAAUUGUUCCGAGACGUUGCACAUAUUGUUAGUGAACAAGGUGGACAGCUCGACAUCAUCAGCGAAAACGUCCAAAAUGUCACUCAAGACACUCGAGGCGCAAAUACUGAACUGCGCAGUGCCAGUCGAUACCAGAAGAAUGCGCGCAACAAGGCGUGCUGUCUGUUUGUCAUCCUUGCUAUUAUCCUAGCCAUCAUUGUCCUCGCAAUCGUGCUGGGAUAG